AUGAAUAAAAUUACUAAACCUUCAAUAUUUAAUAAUUUUAAAAAAAAUGUUUUAACAAACUCCACAUUUUUUACAGGGGAAUAUAAUAAUAGUAAAUUAAAUUUAAAUACAAAAUUCUUUUCAACUGCAUCACCAAUAUCUAAUGAAAAUAAAAAGCCAAUUGGAAUCGAUUUUGGUAACUAUCUUAGUUUAUUUGACACUUAUGCAAAAAAUUUUGAAAGUAGUGAAACCCCAUUACCAAAACCAAUUCUAAAUAUCCAAAAUCAAAUAUUGAACUGCAAUGAAAAAGAAAUAUUAGACCUGGAUAGAAUUUUAUGCGCAAGAGCUCUCUGUCACCUAGAAAUAAAAAAAAAUGUUCACCCAGUUAAAUUUAAUAUAAAGAGUUUAGAAAAAAUUUGGAAACUAUUAGAUAUGGACAAAAACUCAAAGCACUAUCUUGAAGCCAUUAGCGACCAAAUGGGUAUUGCAACUCAUACCUGGUAUUUAUAUCCUAAAAUUUUCAAUAGUAUAAAAGAUACAAUUAAACAAAUAGAAAUUGCUGAAAAAGAAGGUAACUUUCAAUUACAAAAUGGUGGAUUAAUUACCCCAAUUUAUCAACGUUGGUCAAUUGGUGUUGCACCCAAUACAACAACUAAUAGUAAGUGGAAGAGUAUUGUAGAUCAGCAACAGAUAGAGCAACUUACCAUUUCAUUAAUUACACCCAAUGGUGUAGAAUAUUCAUUUACAAAUAUGUCAGGACUAUCAAAUGAUGAUAAAUAUAAAAAUUUAGAGAAUUGGGCCUAUUCCAUUAGCUAUGCUAUAUUUUUAGCAAACAAAGUUAACGCAAGAACCGAUUUAACACAUCUUUCAGAGAUUAGCGAUAAUGUGUUAACAGAAGUACGUGGUAAAAAUGGCAGUGGUGUAUUAGUAAGUGACAAAGUAACUGGGGAGGGAAAUGGUUGUGGCGGUUAG